AUGGCAGACACAGCUAGUGAAGAUGAGCGCGAGCGUCUCAAAGCCGCACUCUGGUUUGCAGUCGGUAAAAUCGUCGAUGAAGAGUCAAUCAAGCAGGACUGCAACGCCACGCCUCAAUUCAUCGGUGCGCUGACCGAGAUGGUGUGGGCCCAGAUUGAGUCCGUUGCCGGCGAUUUGGAGAGCUUCAGCCGGCAUGCACGGAGGACCACAGUGACCACAGACGACGUGGUGCUUCUGGCGCGGAAGAACCCUGAUUUGCUUGAUAUUGUCCGCGGCUUCGUCGAUCAGCAAAAGGCAGACAAGCAGAAGAAGGAAAAAGGAAAGGAAAGGCGCUGA